AUGGGAAGAAGAAAGAUCGAAAUCAAGGCCAUUAAGGAUGACAGGAAUCGAUCUGUCACCUUUCUGAAGCGCAAAGGAGGUCUUUUCAAGAAGGCUCACGAGUUAUCCGUUCUCUGCUCCGUCGAUGUUGCCGUUUUCAUCUUUGGCAGCAACAAGAAGCUCUACGAAUAUUCGUCGUGUGACAUGCGCGAGCUGAUCACGAAAUACACAUACCAUGGCGGACCGAAUGAGCACAAGGGGCCAUCCGAUUUCAAUGGCGGCGCUGACGACGACGACGAUGACGACGAGAAUGGAACUCCCCCGCACUUGGACGGGCUAGAUGGCCCAAUACUCCCAGGUCACUUCCAGGGCCCGCCUCCCUUCGGACACAUCAGGCAUCAGACCCCAUCGCAAUCGCCUCCGGUGUCGACAAGCGUCUUCAGCCAGCAUUCUGGGCGGGGUCAGACACCUCAACCGCAGAUCAACUCUCGGCCAUCGUCCCGCAACGACGGCAGAAGGAUGCAGUCGGUCGGCCCGCAAGGCCCUCCCCAGCCGAACAGCUUUGCAUUCAUGCCACAACCAGCCAUCUACAAUCCGCAAAACCCUCCCAACUUGCCGCCGAACAUACCGACUCACGGUUUGCCGCAACAACACUCUCAGUACCCGUAUGGUUCGCCGCAGCCACACCCCCACCAGUUGCAGCCGUUCUUGGACGAUCAGCGGAGGUCUUCUCUGCCUUCCACCUUCUCCGCUCAGCCGCAAGGGCCGCUGGCGCCUCGUCAUUCGACGUCGCCUCCGCAGCCGCAAGCGAGACAGUUGCCUUCGCAGCCCGUACCGCACAUGUCCCCGAGCCCACCUCAACACCAUGCCCAUUCCAUGCAAAGCCCACCUCAGCCAAGGAUGUCGGUUGCACCCUCGCCGCGCGAGCAGCAACUCCAACACCCUCAGCACUCUCAGCACCAGCCCUCACAAGAGCCUCAACCACCCGCGCCUGUAGAGCCAAAGACAAAACCCGAGCCCAUCGACAAGCCUCGCCAAUCUCUUCUUCUCGAUACUUCGAUCAAGAAGCAGCCGCAACGCAAACAAGGUAGCAUAUUCACGCCCAUCGACGAGAAUCGGUCUAUUCUCUCGCAACAUCUGGCAGCAUUUCAUCCCGACGUAAAAUCGGACCGAUCGCAGUCAAUAGAUACCGGCAGCGCUAUCUCAAGGACUAGCCACACAGGCUCGCCGCCGGGCCCCCAUCGUUCGAACUCUUAUGGAUUCUCUAACAUCAAGAGAAACGGGUCGAUGUCGUCAAUCCCGGAGACUGUCUUCACGCCACCCUCGAGGUCCAACAGCCUCCACGCUGGUGGCGGCGGAGCACGGCCGCGGUUGAAGGUGCAGAUUCCAGAAGAGUCCUCGGAUGCGGGUAGCGCAACUGCCGAGUCAUCGUCUCCUCGUGGCACGGCAACAACCGAUGCCACGUCACAGCCCUCGAGGCGACUCGAUUGCCACUCUGGCGUUGUUCUACCGCCCCCGUCUCCAUCCGCCUCGGCCCUACUCUCGGCAGGUGCAUCCGGGCCGCCGAACCCCUUUGCACGGCCUCAUCCUCACCAAAACAAUAAUAAUAUGAACAUUGACACCCCGGUCUCGGCUUUGCCGUCCCGGUUCCUCAACAACGAGUAUCUCCCCAGCCCAAGCAGCUUUUACCCCGACUGGAACUUCCGCGGGAACGAUAGCAACACGCUGCCGAGUCCGCUGAAUUUUGCAACGCCAGUUGUUGGCACAGGACCGUCUUUUCUGCGGGACGACCCGGGCCUUCACAAGAGGAAAAGCCCGGAAAUCAACGGCAAUGGGUCUGGUCACGACCACAUGGACAUUGGAGGCGAUGCAAAGCGAGUGAAGGUUGAUUCGUAA